UUCGCAUUUUGCGCACGCGUUUAUCUUUGCCCCGGUUUCUCCGAUCCAUGAAUUCCGACUGAGGAUGAACGGAGCCCAUGAAGGGUCCGCGUUAUUUCAGCGAAUAAUCUCGAAUUUUGCACUAUUAAGAGAUAUUCAGACGCUACACGAUGUUUGAAGAAAAAUACAUUAUGAUGUAAGUUAUAUUAUAUCCAUGCGCAGAUAUAAAAUUAUUCUUUCAUCGACCUUAUCAUCCUGUUUGCUUUUACUAUUCAACCUAGUAUCAUAGCACAGUUGACCAAAACGUUCGUUGAAAUAUCGGGUUGUUCACUGCACUACUCUCCGUAGGCUACUGUAGCCUACUCUGUAAUGUACGAUGAGAAAGACAUUCAUAAGACAAGUGAAGCGGUUUCCGUGGGUAACCAAUGUAACACUCUAUGGCUGCUUAUUCGCCGGCGGCGACGUUGUGCAUCAGUGGUUCUCUAAAAGAGAAGACAUGGACUGGAAACAUACAAGAAAUGUCGCCAUAGUUGCUUUCAGUUUUCAUGGUAACUUCAACUUCUUCUGGAUGAGGUUUUUGGAGCGACGAUUCCCUGGCAAUUCUGUAAGGAUGGUGCUACGAAAACUUCUGUUGGAUCAGACCACGGCAGCACCCCUAGCAACAAGCGUAUUCUAUACCGGUAUAAGUUUUCUAGAGGGAAAACAAGACAUUUUCCAAGACUGGAGGGAGAAGUUCUUCAAUACAUAUAAGACCGGCCUGAUGUACUGGCCAUUUGUACAGCUGCUGAACUUUGCGCUGGUGCCGCUGUACGUGCGCACGGCCUUCACGGGCUGCUGCGCGUUCGUCUGGGCCACCUUCCUGUGCUUCUCGCAGCAGAGCGGCGACGGGACUGCCAUGGCCGCCCUCGCCUGGCUACGAGGACCGGCGCCUGCGGCCGAGGCAUCGCCACCGAGCACGGGGAACGACAAGUGACCAUGGAGAUGCCACGAAAAACAAAAAGUGGACCUCAGGGAGAUGUGUGGAUGUGAGUUUUUGUGCGUGUGUGUGUGUUUGUUUGGGUAUGUGACAAAGAGAAGGAGUUAACGUCUUUCUCCUAAAGAUGUUCUUUUUUUACAUUUGACUCAUUGGUAAGCACCUGGAGUUACAGCCUGGCAUACUUGAGAGGUUGACCCAUUUCCAAGACGAAACAAAAACAAAAAACUUGUUUGUUUAGCAGAUGUGUAUCUGGUGACCAUUGCACCCAGAAGCUCAUUCUUGAAUAUAUGUGCAGUAGAACCAUUCAGGCUCAGUUCUUGAAUACAUGUGCAGUAGAACCAUUGAGGCUCAGUUCUGGAAUACAUAUGCAGUAGAACCAUGCAGGCUCAGUUCUGGAAUACAUGUGCAGUAGAACCAUUCAGGCUCAGUUCUUGUGAUGGCAUCGUUGAGCUGAUCAUGCUGAUGAGGCAUAUCUGGUCUUCUUGUCUGUUACUUGGGACAUAACUGUUUGCUAUUUUUUUAUUUUAAUUUUUUAAAAGACUUUUGGUAUAAUCUUCAUAAUUUAUAAAUAACCAUAUGGACACAGAUUGCUGUGGCGAUACCUUUUUAUCUUGCUUGUUCUUGGCUUAUGCUGAGUCUUAGGAUAUCUUAUAGUUUGUACAUGAGAUGGAAUGACAUGAGAUAUAAUACCAAAAAAAGGAACUUGGUAAGUGUUUUGGUGUACUGCACUUUCUUUAUUUUCAGUUUGCUUCCUUCCUUCUACUUCCAUGUAGUUGCGCUCUGUAGAAACCCUACUGAUCUCAACUCUUACUUAUCCUGGGCCCCAUCUCCACACUGGAGUCAGUCUUUGUUAAUAGACAAGUCAGUGAAGAUUCAUUUAGUCUGGGAACCAGCUUCAGGUUAGUCUGGUCCAGCUAGCCUAUAGAGCUUGUGGUUGGUAAAUGUGUGCACUGUAUGUGUAAGUGGGUAAAUUAAUGAUUAAUUGUAGUUUAAGCCAAGUAGGUUACAUUGGACUUGGCUGUUUUACAGAUAGUAGAUGAGAUUGGAACCUCCUCCUUUCUGCAUGAAAUAAUCACUCUUUUUCACUCUCUUUUUUUUGUUCUGAUUUGGAUGGAAUUAGAGAUACUGGAGUAAAAAUAUUUAAGUCCAUAAACUAUACUAAUUGUAAGCCUGUAUCAUAACCUCUUGUGUUCUUUUUACAUACCAGAACAUAUUUUCAGCGUGAUUGCAGCACAUUUUUGUUGACAAUUAGUAGGCCAUCCCUCUGGCUCAUACAGACAGUUUUAAUUAGUACUCUUAGUUUCCACCAGCUCUCUAUUCUUUCCAGCACUGUCAGUUGUCUUGCUGCUUGUUGCUGCCACUGAAUGUGUCCACGCCACGGUAAUAUACCGUAUGAACUUUUGGUCUAAAUAUCAAAAUUAAAGACACAAAGACUGACAUGAAGAAAAUACUGUUUUAAAAAAAACUGUUUUACAGAGAACUGGAAUGUCUGUCACUGUGAUUUUAUGCACACUGUACAUAAAUAAUACAUGUAACAUGUAUUUUCCAUGUAAUGAUCUCAAGUGGUCAGUUCCCAAGGAUCAAUUUGAUCAUUUAUUUGCAAAAGUUAUCUCAUAGGUACAGUAUAUAUUUUUUCUGUAAAGUAUUUAUUCUAAAUAACACACUAAUGUAUUGAUCUACUGAAGUUGUAAUUGCUGUAUAAGUGUGUGGUGCUCGGCUAUAUAA